UCCUUGAUGUACAUCUCUAUCCAUCGUGUCGCGGAACUCGCACAUCUUUUCUAUACCCGUCUUAUCUUCACCUCUCUGACACAUCACAUAUUCCUACCUCCCUUCCAUCUAAUCAUGCACUACUCACAAACAACAGAUCUCACCACAGAUAGCAAGAAGACAUGUCAUCCAAACUCUUAUCCGUCGCACACCAAACCAAGCCUUCUUAGCGGCCCCUUGGCCAGCCUUGACAUCCCCCGCCCCCCACCAAGCAUCCUCGCCCAAAGCUUGACACUCCCUUGUCCAGCGAAGAUCCAUGGCAUUGGGAGUGCCCACAAGUCAAGCGCUGCCGCGCGCUGAGCUUGUGUGCGUGAGCGUGGUUGGGCGUUUUGAGGCCGCAAUGAAACCGGGGAUCGGCGUUGCCCAGACACCACGUCGGAAAAGCGGCACAUGGUGGGGGAACAGGUCCAGGAGAACGGGGAAUGACGUGCAGGAGGGUGCGGGAAGGAAGGCUGGAGCAGAUCUGCUGGUGGGUCGCGGGCGGUGGGAUUUGCAUCUUGGAUCGCAUUGCAAGAAUGGAGGGCCGGGGGGAAAGAAGUGGGUACGCGGUGGAGAAGUGGCUGCCGGAUCAGGAGGGAUGCAUGCGGGACUCGAGGCCUUGAAGCAAGACCAGCCCAAUCCGAAUCCUCGAUUGAGCAGUGCACUCGUUCUCGCCCAGGCUUCUUUGAAAUGCAGCACUCUUGCCUGUCCUCUAGUCAUGCCCAGAGUUGGCUCCGGUCAAGAACGUGACUACAAGCAUAUAGCAGACUAUGGGCUAUUCCGCGUCCUCUCCGAUGUAUUGCGACUGCUCCUACCUUGUCGUCACAUGGCGCCGCUGUAUUUGAAGACGAUUCGACAUAUUCCAACACCGAUCACUCUGUACGCUUCGAAGGGAGCGGCUAAGACAUAAACAGUCUCCAUUCCCACGAGAAAGUACAGAAUGUUUACCCAGUGCAAAAGAAGCGGGCAGUAUUCCCGCCUAGAGCGAAGCCCAUUCCGUCGCUAUGUCGGGCUUUGAAGGAACCUGGAACGUAGUGGACUUCGUAGUCAGUCUUCAACCGUGGCAGGAGCGUUCAAGACACCUCAGCUCACUCAGAUCAACCUACCUAGGUAACCUUCCAAGGUUGAGAAUCAGUCCAACACAUGAGUCCGUUCCGCCCAAUCCAUAUAUUCGCAUCCAAUG